AUGCCUGGGAGGGUACUGCCGACGUUCACCUCUGCCGAGGUUCAAUCCCACAACACCGCGGACUCAUGCUACAUCACUCUGGGGCGCAACGUGUACGAUGUGACUGAUUUCCUCGAUGCGCACCCUGGAGGUGGAGACCUAAUUCUGGAAUACGGAGGCAAGGAUACAACCGAAAUCUUGAAGGACGAGAUCUCUCACGAACACUCCGAGGCCGCCUACGAAAUUCUCGACGAAUAUCACAUUGGAUUUGUUGGCGAGGCUACGCCGGGAAAGACAGCCACCAUCGUGGAGACUGUGACCGAGACUGAGAAUGGCCCCAUCUAUGCGUCCACUGGAAUGUCCCGUGCGGAGGAUCUGUCGGUUGACACGGACUACACUCAAGAUUUCAAGACCCACAAGUUCCUGGAUCUCAACAAGCCGCUGUUGAUGCAACUAUGGAGGAGCAAUUUCUCGAAGGAAUUCUAUCUUGAACAGAUCCACCGGCCUCGUCACUACCGAGGAGGCGAAUCAGCCCCUCUGUUUGGCAACUUCCUCGAGCCUCUCAGCAAGACUUCGUGGUACGUCGUGCCUAUUGUCUGGCUGCCCCCAGUCUUCUACUUGCUUUCAGUCGGAGCUGCCGGGCUAGGUACAUCCACUGCCGCUGCUUAUUUCACUGGCGGCCUGUGUCUUUGGACCUUGAUCGAGUACCUGAUGCACCGAUUCCUCUUCCAUCUUGAUGGCUGGCUCCCUGACAACCGAGUGGGCCUGACUCUUCACUUCUUGCUCCACGGAAUUCACCACUAUCUUCCCAUGGAUAAAUACCGUCUUGUGAUGCCACCGACCCUAUUCGUCGCUCUCGCUGCGCCGUUCUACAAGCUGGCCCAUGCGGUCUUCUUCUACAACUGGUAUGCCGCUGUAUCAGUGUUCUGCGGCGGAGUAUUCGGGUACAUCUGCUAUGAUCUCACCCAUUACUUCCUCCACCAUCGCAAACUCCCUUCAUACUACCAGAGUCUCAAGAAGUACCACCUUGAGCAUCACUUCGCUGAUUAUGAAAAUGGAUUCGGUGUUACCAGUCGAUUCUGGGACCGAAUCUUUGGUACCGAGUUGGUGACUCCUCCUCCCAAGGGGGCUAAGGCCCAGUGA